UACAGAUGGUGGGGUGGGGGGGGGGUCUCACUACGUUUCCCGGGCUGGUCUCGAACUCCUGACCUCAGGAGAACCUCCUGCCUCAUACUCCCGAAACGCGGGCUCACAGGUGACAGUCACCGCGCUGCCCGCCCGCCCGCCUUCUGGAUUUUGUCCCGUCUUCCGAUCUUCCAGCAACCAGCAACUGUAAACAGAGCAGCUCACAUAAAGUCAGAAGUCGCCCAGGAAACGUCCUCUGGGAGGGACGGGAAGGGCAGCCUGGUGCUCCCAGGAUCCCGUGCGCUGAGGGGGCGGGGCGGGGCGCAACGUCAUCAGUGGGCGCGGAGCCUGAAGUGUCGUGGCCGCCGCCGCGUGUCGCGGAGGCAUGUGUGGAGCCCUGGCGGAGGGAGAGUCGCGGGUCCUUGGCACUUGCUAGAUAUUAACACCAUGAGCUUCGUGGCAUACGAGGAGCUGAUCAAGGAGGGUGACACAGCCAUCCUGUCACUGGGCCACGGUGCAAUGGUGGCAGUGCGUGUGCAGCGUGGGGCACAGACCCAGACCCGGCAUGGUGUCCUGCGGCACUCAGUUGACCUUAUCGGCCGCCCCUUCGGCUCCAAGGUGACGUGUGGCCGAGGUGGCUGGGUGUACGUGCUGCACCCUACGCCUGAGCUCUGGACUCUGAACCUGCCGCACCGUACGCAGAUCCUCUACUCCACGGACAUUGCCCUCAUCACCAUGAUGCUGGAACUUCGGCCCGGCUCUGUGGUCUGUGAGUCUGGCACGGGCAGUGGCUCUGUGUCCCACGCCAUCAUCCGCACCAUUGCACCCACGGGCCACUUGCAUACGGUGGAGUUCCACCAGCAGCGGGCAGAGAAGGCACGGGAGGAGUUCCAGGAGCACCGCGUGGGCCGCUGGGUGACUGUGCGCACACAGGACGUGUGCCGCAGCGGCUUUGGCGUGAGCCAUGUGGCUGAUGCCGUCUUCCUGGACAUCCCAUCACCCUGGGAGGCCGUGGGGCACGCGUGGGAUGCCCUCAAGGUGGAAGGCGGGCGCUUCUGCUCCUUCUCGCCGUGCAUCGAGCAGGUACAGCGCACAUGCCAGGCGCUGGCGGCGCGUGGUUUCUCGGAGUUGAGCACCCUGGAGGUGCUGCCGCAGGUCUACAACGUGCGCACCGUCAGCCUGCCACUGCCCGACCUGGGCUCAGGCACGGAUGGCCCUGCCAGCCCCGACACCAGCCCCUUCCGCAGCGGCACGCCCAUGAAAGAGGCCGUGGGCCACACCGGCUACCUGACCUUCGCCACCAAGACCCCAGGCUAGGGGGCUGCCACCCUGGGCACCAGGGAGCUGGGAGCAUGGAAGGGCUGGGCAGGGAGGCCAGAGGCACCUUAUAUGGUCGGUGCCUGUCAGACACAGAUGGUGGGGCGGGGUUUCAGGGCCUUCUGGGUGGCUAGAGUUCAGGGGCAGGAGGACGGCUGCGAUGGAGGAGCAGAGCUGGGGCUGGGCCUCGGCCUUUCUUGUCUAGCCCCGCGGCCUGUCCCAGCUGCUGUUUGUUGCCAACAUGAAGUCUCCACUGCCACAGGCUCUCCUGGGUGUUGAGGCUAGAGGGUGGUUGGGGGGAGUCGGACCCUCUCUCCAGGUGGGCCUAAGCAGGAAGGGGGUGGAGGAGGAGGAUUGUCCCUGAGGCCAUGCUGCAUCUGGCCGUCGGGCUCCCACAGCCCGGGCUGCCCCGCAGGGCCUGAGACCACCUCGUGCUCUGCCAGUCCCUGGGCCAAGGCUCCAGCCUUCGCCGGCAGCCAAGGUGAGCUGACCCAGGAUCCCUACCCGGCUCUCCCCAGCACUAGGAGACCAGGCCAGCCCAGGAACCAGGGAGGUGACCCUGCUCUCUGACCUCCAGGCUGAUGUCACAGCACUGGGCUCAGCCCAGCCCUCCGUCCACUCAUGUCCAAGACGCAGGGGCAGCCCCCAUCCAGCCAGAGUCCCUUGACAGGCUGCACUUGGUGAGGCCGCGCGGCGCUGCGGAGAGGAGCAGCACAGCGGGUUGUUUGCCACGGGUGACUGGGCAAGUCUGUGUUGGGACCAGGGUGUGAAUGCCAGCCUGUGAACUCUGCAGGGACCCCUGCCCCUCACUGAAGCCAGGGGCGUGCAGGAGGUCCCGCGACGGGGAUCAUGGUGUGGGUGGGGGAGGCGCAUCCAGGACACCUCUCAGGGACGGUGGCUGUGUGAUCUCCUCUUAAAGCCUGAGGGGGCCUUUCCCAAAGCAGAACAGAGGGUGGGACGCCCGGGCUGGGGCUCUCUGCCCAUGCCCUGGUGUGUGAUGGCCUCAAGGGAGGACCAGUGCGUGUAUCAGCCAUGGGACCCUGGAGCUGCCUCUGGUGCGCAGGGGGCCUGGGUUUCUACCCAGGAACCAGUCGCUGUUGAGAGCCUCAGUUUCCCCGGUGUUGGCCCCAAGUGUGCGUGAUGAACAAUAAAUGUGCCGCCCCCUCUGUGCUGCGUGGUCCCUGGUGGCCAAGGCCACCCCAGCUGCCCUCCAGGCCAGCCCUGCCUGCGCUCUGCCCUGGCCCCUGCUCCUCCCUGUCCUGGUUUGGCAUGUCGGGCACUCCAGACUCCAGGACAAAGGGGCAAAUGUGUGGCCACCCCCAUCUGGCUGCAGAAAAGGCCACUUGUCCCUGGGGUUGGGGUGGUCCAAGAGUGCUGGGCCUUCCUCCACAGCCCCAGGCUAAAAUUGAGUGUGGCUGCCUGGGUUUCUCACAUGCAGCCCUGAAGAGCCUAUCCCAGGCCACCUGGUCCCUGUGAAAUGUCACACUGUAGGGCCCGUGGCUGUGACUGAUGUGGUCUGGGAGGUCUGUGUCCCUGAGAGUGGCUCCGCCCAGCCCUGGGGGUUUGUCCCCUCCUUCCAGGACCCAGCCUCCCCUGUACCUCAUUCCUCACCUGGGGCGCAAAGGAGGGGCCCCUGGCGGGUUCACCAUGGAAGUGGGUGACCCUAAUACCAGGAGCUUUGGGGUCAGGGCUGUGACUGGGGUGUCAUGAACUGGGUGAUGCACACCCCUGAGAUCCUAAUUCCAAGCCUGCCCUGCCCUUCCUGGCCGCAGCAAAGGCCUUCGUGGGAUCUGAUGGGUGAACACCAGGAAGCUUUUCUUUGAGGCACAGCUCUGAGGGUCACAGGACAUGCAGGCCUCAGGCAUAGUAGGGUCCAGGUUGUGCCCAUUUUCCAGCCCCAGCUGGUAACCCAGAUGGCGGCCCUGGGUGAGUCACUAGGAUCUGCACAUGGAGAGCGGGAAGGCACAGCCCACCCCACCCUCAGUUGUCACGUGGGACAGUCGAUGUCUCAGUCCAGACUCCUCUCAGCCCCUCUGCCCUGCACAUAGGCCCCAUGAUGACCCUGAGCCUCCAGGCAUCCACCCCACCGUAUAGCCCUCUAGAGCCAGCUGGGCCCCAUCCCGCUCCCUCAGCUUGGAACCUCACCUGGCCUUGAGCCAGCAUUGAACUCCUCUGUGUCUUUCAA